AUUUCUGUAUGUUUCUGUCGUGGUGUGCCCUCGUUCUAAACGAAUGGAUCUUCGCGGGAAAGAAUUUUUUGUCUGCAAAAAAAGGGGUUAAAUGUAGGCAAUAUUAUUACGGACACAAAAAAUUCGUUCCUGCGAAGGUCCAUUCGUCGUUCUAAUCAUUUUAUCGUCGAAUCGUCCGUGUGCCAGUGAACAACAACAGCUACACCAUUAUCAGUGCUCGUCUCUGCAAUUUGCCUUGCUACUUACGUUUCUCACGUACGACUGUUUACGUUAAGCUCUUGAUUUACUCACGGAACCGUUUCAUCAGACGCACCGGAUUAAUUAGAGAAAAUGAGUUCUUCCCCACAUCAAGGGGCAUUGACAUGUGUUACGUGCCAAAUUGUUUUUGAAACUGGUGAAUCACAUCGUGUGCACUAUAAAACGGACUGGCAUCGUUAUAAUCUCAAAAGGAAAAUCAUUAACCUGCUUCCAGUUGAUCGACCAACGUUUGAAACUCGGAUAGUCAGUCAACGAGCUAAACAGGAUGAAGAAAAUGCAAAGAGCUCAAUCUAUUGUAUAAUUUGUCGAAAAUCAUAUUCUUCACAAAAAUCAUUUGAUAACCACUUGACAUCUAAACAACAUAAAAGUUUAGCAUCUCAUUCAGACAGUAUUGAUAAAGAUAUUGGCAUACCAGCUUCCAAGAAACCAAUUAAACCAAUUGAAAUAAAACUUGUAGAAGAAAAAGAAGAUGAUGAUGAAUAUGAGGAUGUGGAUGAGAAUGAAGAAUGGGAUGGAGUAGUCAGUGAAAACAAUCCCAUAACAAACAAUAAAUGUCUGUUUUGUUCUCAGAGCAGUGAAAACUUGUUGGAAAAUAUUAAACACAUGUCUGAUUCACAUUCAUUUUUCAUACCAGACAUUGAAUAUUUAGUUGACAUGAAAGGAUUGUUGGUGUAUUUAGGCGAAAAAAUAUGUCAAGGUUUUAUGUGUUUAUGGUGCAAUGAUUCUGGGAAAAAUUUCCAUUCAAUAGAGUCUGCACAAGCGCAUAUGAUUGAUAAAGGUCAUACUAAAAUGGUUCAUGAAGGUGAAGCAUUACUAGAGUAUUCAGAUUUCUACGACUAUUCUACUAGUUAUCCAACAGACUCAAAUGAAGAUGAUUAUCGUGUUGUUGAAGAUGUAAACUCACAAUUGAUUCUUCCUUCUGGAGCUAGAAUUGGUAAACGAUCGUUAAUGCGAUAUUACAGACAAAAUUUGAAUCCAAAUCAUGAUUGGGCAGUUAUGAAAGAGAAAAAGGUAAAUAAAGUAAUUAAUCAUUACAGACAUGUUGGAUGGACAGGAACUUUCCCUGCUGCAGCAGCCAGGAAAGCCAGAGAUUUGAAGAUAAUGAGACAAGUUCAAUCGAAAUUGUACAUGCAAAUAGGUGUAAAAGCCAAUAAGUUUCAAAAGCAUUACAGAGAACAAGUCAAUUUUUAGAUUUCUUGUUAUAUAUAUAUUGAAAUACUUAAUAUAAAA